AUGCCCUUAAGGAUCAUCCAGGCAAACAUAAACCACGCCCGCCAGGCGCAGGACCUGCUCUUGCAGGCCAUUGCGGAGCGUGGUGCAGGCUUGGCCAUUGUGGCGGAGCCGUGGAGGGUGCCGGAUCACCCAUGCUGGGCGGUGAAUCCGGAGAAGUCUGUAGCCAUCCACUGGAGACGAACGAGGGAGCAGCACGUACCAUGCUGCAAAAAGGGCGAAGGACCAGGUUGGGUGAUGGUGGAAUGGGGCCCCCUACUGGUUAUAGGGUCUACCUUAGGCCCAGCCUGUCACGCGCGGAGAUGGAGGAGCGAUUGGAGGAUCUGGAGCAACAGAUCCGAGCAUCCCUGUCGAGGCCAAUACUGGUCGCCGGGGACUUCAACGCCAAAUCGGCGCUUUGGGGUUCCCGGCGGCUGA